UUUCAAUGACGACAGGAAUGGGGAGUGGCCACAAUCAGGAUAUCCCGCGCAGCCAUUUUGUUUUUCUCCAUUUCUUUCAAGGGUAAGGAAAGAAGGAAGGUAGAAACAUGUUCCCCUUGGCAAGAUCCGUGCUGUCCGCGACCGCUCGUGGGGUUCAGAGAACAGUCUCAAGACAGGCUCAUCACAAGUCUGGACCUGACUUCCAUGACAAGUAUGGAAACAUCAUCCUGUUAUCUGGGGCAACAUUCUGUGUUUCUAUUUGGACUUAUGUGAUCACACAGACAGGGAUCACUUGGAAUCUGUCUCCAGUAGGCAGAAUCACUCCAAAGGAAUAUAAGGACCAAUAGAACAGAUGCGGCUGUUUUGGACGUUCCUCAGUAUCUUUAACAUGCCUAUACUGUGUACAUAAACGCCUUACCUGCAUACUUAGUCUUCAUGUAUGAGGGGGGGUUCUGCUGUAAUAAAUCCAAUUUAAAUUUA